GGGUCUGCUACCAAAAUAAUAAUAGAAGUUGUUGCUGAGCUAGCUACCGUAUCUCUCGUUGUUUACACUUGUUGAAGCUGCGUUUGCCUACCUCAGACCAUUUAUCGUGCUCCCUUACCUUCCUAGCGACUCCCUCAUAUUAUCAUCAGUUCCUUAUUCCUAAGAUUUUCAUGCUAUUUCAUCUCCCCCGGGCAAUAGUUCGUGCUCUAUAGUCUCAGGCCGGCUUUCUUCCUCUUUCAGCUUCUAUCUACAUUCCCAUCCCGGCGACUCAGCCAAAGCCUUUGUUCCCGCUUCUAUAGCCAUACUUUGGGAAUAACUAUCUACGCUCGAAAUCCCAGUUCAGUGAUUGACGACUACGGAAAAAAACAAAAACAAUAACAAAAUGGACUACACCAUGGAGGAUUCCCAGAACUCAGCCCCUGGGAGCGUCCCGGCUGCCAAACUCGGCGGUACUCGAAAGGGUCCCGAUGCACAGAGUGUUACCAAGAGACUACAAACAGAGCUCAUGCAGCUGAUGACCUCGCCUGCUCCCGGUGUCUCGGCUUUUCCUUCGGCGGAUGGGAACUUGAUGUCAUGGUCUGCCACCAUCGAGGGGCCUGACGACACUCCCUACUCCGGCCUCACCUUCAAGCUGUCUUUCGCAUUCCCCUCAAACUACCCUUAUGCGCCACCGACUGUGCUGUUUAAGACACCCAUUUACCACCCGAAUGUUGACUUUUCGGGUCGUAUCUGCCUCGAUAUCCUGAAGGAUAAGUGGACGGCUGCCUACAAUGUUCAGACCGUGCUAUUGAGUCUGCAGAGUCUUCUUGGGGAGCCCAACAAUUCGUCACCCUUGAAUGGUGAGGCUGCUGAGUUAUGGGAUAAGGAUUUCGAGGAGUUCAAGCGCAAGGUUACGGCCCGUCAUCGCGACAUUGACGACGACUAAAUCUUUACAACCUAAAAAAUUGUAUUAUAGACCGGCCAUUGGGUCUCGAGCGCCGUCUGUUUCUAUUGGAAUUAUGAGGGCUAUCCACUAGCAUCGGAGAACAGGAGUCGAUUUGAUAACCCCGUGCCCUUGUGGUGGGCAAUCGUCCUGCCUCGGGGUUCUUGAUUUGGUAUUGAUUAUUGAGUUUUGCAUUUGCGGCUGGGCUUGGUACGGUUGACAUGGAUAGUCGUUAGCAUUCGUUAGCAUACUGGCACGAGAUGAGAGACAGCAAGUCUACUUGUCAAUCACAUCACCAUGACCUUUAAA